AUGUUUUAGAAUGACGGUAAUAGUUAAUCACCGCAUUGUUUUUAAUAGGAUAGACCAAUAUUUAAGAUAAUUAGAAAAAAUGCUAGUUAAUGUCCUGCUAUAAAAAAUCAUACUUCUAUACAUUAUAAGAAUUAGAUAUUCAUAUUUGGAGGAUAUGAUUCUAAAAAGAAUCAUAAUGAUAUCCAUAUAUAUAAAGAUGGUAUUUGGACAAAAUGUAAAGCAAAUGGUAAGAUUCCAGAGAGUAGAAAUGGGCACACAGCAACUUUAGUAGAAAAUAAAAUGUAUGUGAUUGGUGGUUGGUUAGGAAGUGGAACAUAUGCCAGUAAGGAUGUUUACGUAUUAGAUUUGGAUAGUUUGAAUUGGACACUUGUAAAUACAAUGGGAGAAGUAAAAAUGCUUAAUUUAAUUUAAGGUACCUGGUCCAUGUAAUAUGCAUAGUGCUGAUUUAAUUGGUUAAUUGAUAUAUAUAUUCAGAGGAGGAGAUGGCAAAGAUUAUUUAAAUGAUUUACAUAGUUUCAAUACUAAAACUAAUAUGUGGAAACUAAUUUAAACAGUUGAUAAUUAAAGACCUCCACCUAGAGCUAAUCAUUGUUCUUCUGUUUGUUAAAAUAAAUUAUUUAUUUUCGGAGGUUGGGAUGGCUCAAAAAGACUUAAUGAUUUAUUUUGUUAUGAUGUGACUACCAAUAAAUGGAUUGAAUUAAAACCUCUCUAAUCUCCAAGUGCUAGAGCUGGAAUGUGCAUGACUACUAUUAAUAAUAAGAUCUACUUAUUUGGUGGCAGUGGACCAUAAACUACUUGUUUUGGAGAUUUGUAAUGUUAUGAUCCUAUUAAAAAUGCAUGGACUAUUAUAGAUCUAUAAGAUGAAGAAUCAUUUGAUAAAGCUAGAGCUGGACAUAGUAUGACUUCUAUUGGUAAUCUUAUAUAUAUUUUUGGUGGAUCUUGUGGAUCUCAUUAUUUUAAAGACUUUUUCAUUAUUGAAACAGAUCCUCCCCCAUAAAUUUCUGUCCUUUACUUCAAUAAUAUAUCUAUUAAUCAAUAUUUUAAAGGCUUUUUCAAUUAAUAGAAAUAUAGUGAUAUUAUAUUCCUUGUAGAAGAUAAGUAAUUUUAUGCACAUAAAAUUAUUUUAUCUCGCUAUGAAAUGUUUAAUAAAAUGUUUGAAUGGGAAUAUAAAAAUCUAUAAUAAAAAGUUUAAAUUAAUGAUUGUCCAGCAUAAAUUUUUGAAUAAUUUUUAUAUUUCAUUUACACAGGAGAAUUAUAAUAUGAUCAAUUUCAACAAUCGGUUGAAUUUUAUAGAUAACUAUUGUAAAUGGCCGAUUAUUAUUUAAUUUCAGAUAUGAAAACAUUUUGUGAAAAAUAACUGUCCUUAUUAGUUGAUAACUUUACCCUGCCUAAAAUAAAGCUUUAUGCUGAGUAAAUGAAUGCCAUUUAACUCCUAAAAUUUUGUGAAUGGUAUGAAAACCAUAAUAACUGA